AUGGCGCCUAGGGAAGCCAAGUUUGUCCACCGCUACGCACCUGCCGAAACAGCUCUACAUCGAGUGGUGCGUUCGCUCCGAGUUGUCUCCUGCCAAGAAGUUACGAACGCCUUCGCCAACGGCCAAAACAACCAAACGCCACCACAAACAGAUUCCAAUGAAGAUAGUCGUGAACCGGAAACCGCCGAAGAAACAGUAACGGAAAAUGAGGAGUUCGGAAAUUUAAUGCUUGCCGCCAUUGGCAGCAUUUUGAAGGCCUAUCCGGCCGCCGCCUCGAUACCCAAUAUGUUUGGACGUACGGCGAUGCAUCUUGUUUGUAUGGAUUUGUCCCCAGCGCGAAAAGAGGCAGCACUGCUCCUACUGGAACACAGUCCCCAGACGGUGAAAGAAAUAGACCAUUUUGGUCGAACGCCACUGCAUUACGUUUUGGACCAGCAACAGAACUCAAUCACCAGCAACCUUUCGCUGGAACUAGUCAGAAGCAUUUUGUUGCACGACCCCAAAGCCUUGCAACAAUGCGAUACCAGCAAGGAGACACCCUAUGAUCUCCUGCUCAAACAAGACUUAUCGGGAUGCAGUACAGCUCUGCAGCAACUUUUGGAUGAGCAUAGGGAAGAGUAA